AAAUAAUACCGAUCUCUCAACAUAAUGGAGACUGAUAUUCCAGAUACCAUCGCGUCUACGGCUGCAGAGACAGUUGACCUUCUGGAGACGCGGCUUUGUAGAAUCGAAUUCCUGCUUACGGGCCGUGCAACCUGGACUGGUAAACCGGAACGGCUUCCUGCACCUCCUGCGUCUGCGUGGGAGUCGGUCGCUGCUCGCUUGGCUGAAUUGGAACAUGGACUGAAAGUCUUGAGCUCGAAAGUUCCUGCUGUGCAGGAUGUGCUGAAACUGUAUUCUCGCUACCCCGACCUUUUCCAGAGCUCCAAUCCUACCACCGUCCCCAGCACUCUCUCCACUCAAUCUCUCGCCUCGAUCGUUCUCUCUUACGCUACCGCCUUCCCCGAGACGGCUUCUCGACUAAGCUCACUACAGGACCUACCCAUUCCGCCUGCAAGCGCAUCGACGAGCCUGAUUGAACUACAACCCCGAAUUGAUCGGUUACUCAAAGAGCAGGAAAAGCAGGCGAAUGAGGUGGCGGAGUUAAGGGCGAGAAGUGCACUGUUGAUGAAGAGAUGGUUGGAGGUGGGAAUUGUAGGUGGCGGUGAGGUUUGGGGGGAAUGGGAGGAGAAGGUUCGCAUGGCGGAGAGGGCAGUCAGGAGGCUAGAGGCCAAAAUGGUGAGGGAUGAGUGAACGAUGGAAAGAGGUGUAGAUAUGCUAUGCCGGCUUCGACUUUUGCGCCAAUUGUCGAUGAAUUGCGAUAUCAUGCUUUGGGAGGCAGGCAUUACUAGGUUGCCUAUUACGGAGCUGACUGAAGGAGAGGAUGGUGAAACGAACAAAGAGUUCGUAACUCGAGCCGUCGAGCAAGAGUCUCAAGCGCCCCUUCGUUGGGAAAGCUUCUUCAAUUUACCCAACGUCUUUGACGAGAACGACGGGGGUAUCGAUUUUAGUAUGACCCCGGUAAGGUUUAAUCAUUGGCGUUCCUGAACUUCUGUCGAACCGUGAAUCUUUGGCAAAAGUGUCAAAGAUCCACGGAUCGCAUGAAAGUAUCGAGAGAAUGCACCGCGGGACGAAGCUACCUUUAAGAAAUGCUGACG